CCGCAGCCGCGCUGGGCUCCAGAGGCGGGGACAACAGCGACCACUCCAGUUCCCCCACGGGCCGCCGCUGUAGUGACGUCAGACUGGCGCACGGACCUUCCCUGCGGCAGGGGUCCUGCGGUAGACCUUCCUUUUUCCGCGGCGGAAGCUGCCGGCGUCGGUGCUUAACGGUGCGCGGCCUUCCGCAGCCAGGGUUCCGACCUGCGAGCUCCCGGCAGCCGCGCGCCAUCUUCACCGAGCGCCAUGGUUUCGGCCGGCGGGCCGGAAGCGGCUGGACGCUGCGCUCUGUUCAGCCUCCUUUUGCUUCUGUUGAUCGCGGGCUCUGCCCGGGGCUGGAACGACCCUGACAGAGUAUUGUUGCGGGAUAUAAAAGCUCUUACCCUCCACUAUGACCGCUAUACUACUUCCCGUAGGUUGGAUCCGAUCCCACAGUUGAAAUGUGUUGGAGGCACAGCUGGAUGUGAUUCUUAUACCCCCAAAGUCAUACAGUGUCAGAACAAAGGCUGGGAUGGUUAUGAUGUACAGUGGGAAUGUAAGACCGAUUUAGAUAUCGCGUACAAAUUUGGAAAAACUAUGGUGAGCUGUGAAGGCUAUGAAUCCUCUGAAGACCAGUAUGUACUGAGAGGUUCCUGUGGCUUGGAGUAUCACUUAGAUUACACGGAACUUGGCCUGAAGAAAUCGAGAGAGUCUGGAAAAAACCAUGGCUUUAACUCUUUCUCUGAUUAUUAUAAUAAGUUGUACUCCCGAGAAUCUUGUAGCAUCAGUGGAGUGCUUACCAUCGUGGUGCUACUUGCUAUUGCCUUUGGAGUUUAUAAAUUCUUCCUUAGUAAUGGUCAUGAUUCUCCUCCACCAUAUUCUGAGUAUCCUCCAUAUUCCCAUCGUUAUCAGAGAUUCACCAAUUCUGAAGGACCCUCUCCUGCAGGCUUUAAGUCUGAGUUCACAGGACCGCAUGGUGCAACUUCUGGUUUUGGCAGUGCUUUCACUGGACAACAAGGACAUGAAAAUUCAGGACCAGGGUUCUGGACUGGCUUGGGAACUGGAGGAAUAUUAGGAUAUUUGUUUGGCAGCAAUAGAGCAGCAACACCCUUUUCUGACUCGUGGUACUACCCAUCCUCAUACUCCAGCUCGUGGAAUAGGCGUGCUUAUUCACCACUUCGUGGAGACCCAGGAAGCUAUUCAGCGUGUUCAAGCUCAGAGCCAAAAACCAGAACAGCGUCAGGAUAUGGUGGUACCAGAAGACGAUAAGAAAGUAAAAAGUUGGGAUCAAACACUGGAUGCAAAACUUCUGAUUUUUCAUCACUUUCUCUUAUAAAACGUGCCCCUUGCUAACAGCUGAGGAAAGGGAAUAUGCAAAAGUUCUGUGGUGUUUUGUCCUGUAUAGCUUUUUGUGUUCUGUUAUUUGAGGCUAGGGGUUGACAUGACAAAAUGCUUAUCUAGAGAAUCAUGUUUGUGUAACAUGCAGAUGUAUAUUAUAGUUUUUGAAAGUGAUGACUACUGUAGAAUGCUGAGAAUGUAUUGUGUGAUUUCUGACACCUGUGAUGCCAUAAGAAGCAUUAAGAAUGAAGGCUUUAUACCAAUAGACACUGAGUACAGAAAUUUUCAGUCUUAGGUGGUUUUAGUUGUUGAUUCAUUACAUCAUAGAAGCGAUAAUAAUCUAUUUGGUAUGUGUUAUUGGGUGUUUGCUGUUCUUCAAACAUUUAAACCAAACUUUGGACUACUAAUUAUACUUCCUUGUGUGUUUUGAUCAUUUCUGAGCUCAGGAGCUUUGAACCUGUCAGUGGUGUGUGGGGUUCUGGUAAGUGAGAACUACCUUUUUAGGAAAAGGUAGAAAAUAAGUAUCUAGAAGGUUAUUGUGAAUGGCAGUGUGCUGACAAAAAUGCUUGAAGCCUCCGUAUUCAUUUUUUUAAGAAGUAAAGUUCAAGUGCUUCAGCAAAGGUUUUCUAAUAACAGAAGCAUGUAGUUCUCUGUGGAAUCUCAGAUGUUGUAGCAGUCUGUGUCAGUCUUACAUUAAAAUGACAGAAAAAAUAAAAACAAACAAAGGGUUUUAUUCUUUCUUUCUACCAGCCUUGACACAAAUUGGUGUUACAUUUUUACCUUUUUUUUUUCCAAAGGAAAGGGGGUUCAUGCAGAAGUUCUCUCUCCCUAAACAGUAAUUUCCUGUGGUAGUCUUGCCUUAGCUCCUGGUCACACAAAAAACCUAAAUCCAGGAAUUCCCAGUUAUACUCAUUAAACUUCAUUAUUCUGCUAGGAAAGACAAGAACAGAUUUGUGUUGUUAUUAUCACUACAUAUACUACUAAUUCUUUUUAUUUAUUUAUUUAUUUUCUUUUACUGAAGUAUAGUUGCUGUAAAAUAUAUGUUACAGAUGUACAAUAUAGUGAUUCACAAUUUUUUUUUUUUUUUUUUUUUUUUGUGGUGCGCGGGCCUCUCACUGUUGUGGCCUCUCCCAUCGCAGAGCACAGGCUCCGGACGCACAGGCUCAGCGGCCAUGGCUCACGGGCCCAGCCACUCCACGGCAUGUGGGAUCUUCCCGGACCGGGGCACGAACCUGCAUCCCCUGCAUCGGCAGGCGGACUCUCAACCACUGUGCCACCAGGGAAGCCCAAUGAUUCACAAUUUUUAUAUGUUUUAGUCCACUUAUAGGUAUUAUAAAAUAUUGGUUUUA